UGAAGAGCAUUUCGGGUUGUAUUCAACAAUGGAAGAUGAUGAGUGGAACCAAGAAAAGAACUAUGUGAAUACUGCUAUUUUUGGAAAGAAGAAGAAGAAAAAGAAAGAAAAAGUAUUAGUCGAACAAGAACCUGAAACAAACAACGUGAAAGAGCCGAUAGAUACUGAAGUGGGAGACACUUUGGAAAACGGAGCCAGACAGAGCAAGAAGAAACCAGUUAAAGAGAAGAAUACUCGAUCGGGAACCAAGUCGAGUUGGCUAGAAAAUAUAGAGAAGAGAACCACUAGUAAGUCUUCCACUUCCGAAGAUGGGUUGGAAACGCCGUCAAAGCUCAAAUCCGAGUUUGUUCAGUGGCAAGUUUUAAAGAGAGAAGAAGUAGAACGUGAAAACGAGGAAGAAGAAGAAGAAGAAGAAGAAGAGAAAGAUUUGUUACCUGGACGACAACAACCCAACAAAAGUCUGCUUUUGAAGUUUGCAUCACUUAGUACUGAGGAGGAUGAAACCACUGAAGACGUGGAAGAGAACGCCACAGACACUGCUGAAAAACCCACAGAUUCAUCUAUUAAACCGCAAACUGAUGUAAAGAAACAGUCUUCUUUGCCCAGUCGUAAAUCACAGAAAGGAAAGAGGGUGAAAAAGUCGAAGCGCACUGCAAAAGAAGAAGAGGAAAUUGAUGCACUCAUUGCUCAACUUGAAGAGCCCAAUACUCCUGCAAAGCAUGAAAAGAAGGAAGAAAGGGACUCAGUUUUAUCUUUGCAAAGCACAAUGGUGAAUGAAACUGAAGACCCAGUAGAAGCAGAUAAAAACAAUGAGAAGAAGAACGCAGAUGGUGUUGAAGAUGCAUCAUUCUCAGUGAACGGCGUUAUUGAAGACCAACAAAGACUUACUGCAAAUCAAAAGAAAAAACUGAAAAAGAAAGCUGCAAAAGAAAGAGCAGAGGAGUCCAAGGAAACCUCGAAUGAUGUUGAGAGCAAAGCAGUCAGUCAGGAACGAACAAAUGAAGGUGCUGGUGGUAAUACUAAAAAGAAAAAGAAGGAGUCUGCAGCGUUGCGAAAAAUGAAGGAAGUUUUGUAUGCGAAGAAACUCGAAGAAGAACGCCUUCGUAGAGAACAAGAAGAAGCUGAGAAACGAGCUGAAGAGGAACGUCUUAGAGAAGAAGAAGAGGAACGUAGGAAAGAGGAACUUCGCCGUCAGAAAAAGGAAGCAGAGAAGGAGAAGAGACGAAAAAUGAAACAAGAAGGCAAGUUAUUAUCACGUAAUGAAAGGCAGAAGAGAGAGCGUGCUGCUCAAUUCCGAGAACAAGCGAUUGCUUCUGGUGCUAUUCCAGCAUUCCAUCAAGGCGAUUCUACUGUCCAGAAGAAAGUAUAUUCUCGGAAACAGAAGCAUUCGAAACAAACAGACAUGCAAAAUCCUGAAGACAUCAAAGAAUAUAGAGACGAAGAAUCUGUUUCCCAUACUUAUACAGCGAGUGCCAAUACAAAGUCAUUAGCUAUCUCAGAAUCUGAACAAGUAAAGUCCUCCACGGAAACUGUAAUGAAUGAAGUUCGUUCAUCAUGGGAUGCCGAAGAUUGGGAUAAUGAAGCAGAAAAGUUAAGAAAGGGCAGUUUGGAUCUGGAUGAGUUGGUUGUUAGUGGUAAUUUUUCGACCCAUACUGAAGAAAGGAUGAAAAAGGAUCAUGGAGCUCGAUCUAGAGAAGAAAGGCAAAUGGAUGUUGUAGUUAAAGGAGAAGAGGCUAGUGAAGAGAUGGAAUCCAGUUCAUCCUACAGUUCAGAAGAACAAGUUCAACAGAUGGAAAGGAGUUUGGAUAAGAGACGAGAGCUGACUCAUCGUCUUCGUCAAGAGAAAUACGAAAGAGCAUAUAAAUAUAGAAAUCCGGAUAAUCUUCGAGCACCUGUGAUUUGUAUUUUAGGUCAUGUGGAUACUGGAAAAACCAAAAUUCUGGAUAAAAUUCGCAAGACUAGUGUUCAAGAGGGAGAAGCUGGAGGCAUCACUCAACAAAUAGGAGCGACUUACUUUCCUAUUGACCGUGUAAAAGAACAAGUGGAGAAAGUUGGCAUAGAAGAUGUGAAAUACAAGAUUCCUUCAUUACUUAUUAUUGAUACUCCAGGCCAUGAAAGUUUUACCAACUUGCGUUCACGUGGUUCUUCACUUUGUGAUAUUGCUAUACUUGUUGUGGAUAUUAUGCAUGGCAUUGAACCACAAACAAUGGAAAGUAUUGAACUUUUAAAGUUGCGAAAGACUCCAUUUGUUGUUGCACUCAACAAGGUUGAUCGUUUAUUUGGAUGGAAAGAAGAAGAAAUGUCUCCUAUUCGUCAAAGUUUAAAAAAGCAAGCUCAUCAUGUCCAAGAAGAAUUCAAACAGCGAGUUCUUUCAACGCAAGUUGCUUUUGCCGAAUUGGGAUUUAAUGCUGAUCUUUAUUGGCAAGUUUCGGAUGCUCGUAAAUAUGUGUCUUUGGUUCCUACAUCAGCUGUUACAGGAGAGGGUAUUCCUGAUCUUUUACUACUUCUUGUACAGUUUAGUCAAAGGAUGUUGGUUGAUCGCAUUAUGUUUAUGCCUUUUCUUACUUGUACUGUUCUUGAGGUGAAAGUGAUUGAGGGUUUAGGUACAACUAUUGAUGUAAUAUUGACGAAUGGUGAGUUGCAUGAAGGUGAUACUAUUGUUGUUUGUGGUCUUGAAGGUCCUAUUGUUACGACUAUUCGUGCGUUGCUUACUCCACAUCCUAUGAAAGAGAUGAGAGUCAAAGGUCAAUAUUUGCAUCAUAAAGUGAUUCAAGCUGCUCAAGGAGUAAAAAUUGCAGCCGAUAGUUUGGAUAAAGCUGUAGCUGGUACUCAACUGUUAGUAAUGGAAGAAGGAGAGGAUUUGGAAGUUUUAAAAGAGGACGUGAUGUCUGAUUUGAGUAGUACGCUUUCUUCUGUGGAUAAGAGUGGUGUAGGCGUUUAUGUUCAAGCCUCUACUUUGGGUUCUUUGGAAGCACUUUUAGAAUUUUUACGUACUUCCAAGAUUCCUGUUUCUGGUAUUAACAUUGGCCCAGUUCAUAAGAAGGAUGUUAUGCGAGCGAGUGCGAUGUUGGAACAUCGAAAAGAAUACGCAACCAUUUUGGCAUUUGAUGUGAAAGUGGAAAAGGAAGCAAAAGAAUUGGCAGAAGAAUAUGGUGUUCGUAUAUUUACAGCAGACAUUAUUUAUCAUUUAUUUGAUCAGUUUACAACAUAUAUGGAACAGAUUCGAAAAUCGAGAAAAGAAGAGGCUUCUUCGGAUGUUGUUUUUCCUUGUGUACUUCAUAUUGUUCCGAAUUGUAUCUUUAAUAAGAAGGAUCCUAUUAUAGUUGGUGUUCAAGUAGUGGAAGGUAUUGCUAGAGUAGGAACUCCAUUGGUUGUUCGAAAUGGAAUCCAAUUUUUGGAUAUUGGCCGUAUCCAAUCCAUUGAACAGAAUAAGAAGCCUGUUUCUGUUGCUCGAAAAGGGGAUUCGGUAGCGGUAAAGAUAUCCAGUCGUCAAACGGAAACGAUAAUGUUUGGACGACAUUUCGAUGAGAAGAACGAUCUCUACAGUAAACUUUCUCGUAGAGCAAUUGACUUGUUGAAGGAAAACUUCCGUGAUGAACUUUCUGUGGAGGAUUGGCAGUUGGUUGUGAAAUUGAAGAAAAUGUUGAAUAUUCUUUAACUCUUUUUUUUUAAAUGCAGAGUAACAUAUAAUUUUUACUGGGAGCAUACUACAAUGAUAAUAAAGGUAAAUAUCCGACACUCUCUCGUUGUUU